AGAGAAAAUGCUUCAAAAUCUGUCAACAGCAUCUACGGGCUCAUUGAACGAUAUACUUUACUCGAAUUGGUGCCCCAUUUUCACUUUGAUACUUCUAUUUGUGAGAGUUAUAAUUGUAAUAUUUCACAGAAGACUGUAUGCUCGACCUGUAAUUGUAUCGAUGUUUGUUACGGCAAAAUUUCUAAUGGACUAUUUGAUGUUUGAAGGAGUUGAGCGUUUUUCAAUAUUCUCUGAACAUUUAAAUUUGCAAAUAAUAUCUGCAAUUGAAAUAUUCUACGUCAUCAUGUCCAAUUUCAUGAUUUAUUCGAUUUUCUACGCAGACUUUAUGCUGCCGACCAAAGUAAUAACUCAAUUCUGUGUGCUUAAUCUGGUUUCAGUUAUUGUUGCUAUGGUGUUGCUGAUUGUUGUCGAGAAUUUGAUGUGCUAUCUGACCACAAUAAUGACAUUACAUGCAAUUUCUAUGAUAUUGUACCUCGACAAAUCAUUAGCUCUGAUCAAAUGUGGUAUUUACAAUUCGGUUGGCAAAACAUUUAUCUACAUAUCCAUCGUGUUUAAAAUCAUGCUUGACCACUUUAUUCGAAUAUUCUACAUAUCAAAUCUUCUUUAUAAUUUCCUUAUUUCAUCGGUCAUUCAAGAUAGAUGCCUUUACAUUAUUCAACUGUGCUCAACUUUUCUACUCGUUUUUAUUUUUAUUUUCUACCGACGUCACAAUUCGGAAAACAUUGGUCCCGUUUUCAUGGCGGCAAAGAAGACCAAAAGUGAUGGUGUCAAAUCUACGAAAUUCGAAUUUGUAUUUGAAAAUAUCGCCGAAGAACUCAUGUUUCCCUCUGAAAACGAGCUGAACACAAUUAGUGAUGUUGGUUCGGAAUGUGACCUGGACAUUGAUGAUGAUUUACCUAAUGUACCGGAAGAGCACCCAGGACUAGAAGUUGCAUCUAUUUCUCAAGUUGUUUCAAGUCCAGAUCCUACCAUAUUCGCCACUGCUGAAUCUGGGUUACCUCGAAGGCAUGAACAUCGAUUUCAGAUUUUGAGAAGAACACUGAAUAAGGUAUCUUCCGCUGACGGGCAUUCUUCCGGAAAUAGGUAGUUAAUUUCAAUGUUUUUCGAAUAAUUGCGAAGCAU